AGCAGAGGGCGCGUGGCUCUCAGCGCUCAGUGCGGCGCGCUCCCCGCGCCUGAAGGAUCGUAUCCCUUUUUGCCCCAAGGUCAUAGCUCCUAACCAGCUUGCCAGCCCCAGGCCGGGGACACCAGAGAGGGAGCCCUUCGGGCUGGAGACCCCGGCGCGUGUGGUGGGGGGAGGGCUCCGGGGCCGGGAGACAGAUCACAAUGGGGACAGGGGAUGAAAGGCGCCAGGGGCCCGGGUCCCGAGCUGUCCCCGCCGCCGCCAGACUCCGCGCCCGGGAGGGGGAUGGGGUGCGCGUAGACGCUCCGCGGCCCCAGUCGGACGGAGGAGCCCAGGAGCCGCCGCAGCCGCCGCGCGCCGAGAGCGCCGAGCCUCGCUGCCAGCUCAGGACACCGGGGCCGGGCCGCGGGCCGAGGGGAGCCGGGCAGCGGGAAAGGAGCCCCGGAGCCCCGCCGAGCGCCGGCCGAGAGGGCGUUUUCCCCGCCCCCGGAGCCUGGCCCGCCCGGCCCGCCCCGAGCGCGGGGAGAUCACCUCCGCCCGUCACCUCCUCCCCUGUCGCCCAGGUCCACCCGGGCCCCCUCCCCCGGGCCGCCCCCGAGCACGAAGUUGGCGGGAGCCUAUAAAAGCCGGUGCCGGCGCGACCCGCGGACACACAGUGCAGGCGCCCGAGCCGCCGCCGCCGCUAGACCGUUGCCGAUUCCUGCCCUGCCCCGACCGCCGGCGCGACCAUG